GUUUUUUCUUGCCAUGCAUAUCUUUCCAUCUUGAUCAUUAUAUAUCAAGAUCAAGAGGCCUUCGGACACCAUGGGUUUUUUGUUCCCAACUUAUUUCCCGAGUCAUAUGCUCUAUAACAGGUCAUCUGCAGAGUUAUCGAUCUAUCGACUUUUGUGAAAUUUUUAUGUGGAAGAAAGUACAAAUUUAGAAGAGAGGGAGAGAGAGAGAGAAAGGGAGAGAGAUGGAAAUUGGAACCCACAGUAGUCCAUCUCCACCCAGGGAUGAAUCCCAUCUUUCUCCUCCUGAAUCUCAAUCCAAAAAGCCUGGAGGAUGGAGGGCCAUCAAGUACAUUCUAGCAAACGAGUCGUUCGAGAAAUUGGCAGCAAUGAGCCUCAUUUCCAACAUAACGGUAUAUUUGCGUACCAAGUACAACUUGGAGGGUAUACUUUUGGUUAACGUAGUGCAGAUAUGGUCCGGUACGUCUAACAUCUCAUCGAUAGCAGGUGCCAUCAUAUCCGAUGCCUGGUUGGGGCGAUUUCUUACUCUCCUCAUCGGCACCAUUUUUUCGCUAUUGGGCAUGGCAGCUAUGACUUUAACUGCUGGUUUGCCUGAACUAAGGCCUCCAGCCUGCCAACAGGAAGCCAGCUGCAUUCAGCCCCAUAAAUGGCAGCUCGCCUUCCUAUUCAUCAGCCUUGGUCUCAUUGCAAUGGGUGCCGGUGGGAUUAGGCCGUGCAACAUCGCCUUUGGAGCUGAUCAGUUCGAUACAAACACCAAAAAGGGGAGAGCCCACCUUGAGAGCUUCUUCAACUGGUGGUAUUUUUCCUUCACAAUAGCCCUCGUUAUAGCCCUAACUGGAGUCGUCUACGUCCAAACUAACAUCAGCUGGUUGACAGGCUUCGCCAUCCCCACAGCCUGUCUAGCAAUAUCGAUUGCAAUCUUCUUAAUCGGCCACCAUACUUACAUAUGCAAGAAGCCUCAAGGGACGGUCUUUGUAGAUAUGGCAAAGGUGAUCACGGCUGCGUUUAGGAAACGUGAGAUAAAAUCAGGCUACGAGCAUUCUUUCUAUGAUCCUGCAGAGGAUUUGGAGUCGGAAGUACGUAAGUUGAUCAAGAUCAAGCGGUUUAAGUGCCUGGACAAGGCUGCUGUGAUAGUUGAUCCUAGUGAGUUGAAUGAGGAAGGAGUUCCUGUCAACAGUUGGAAACUGUGCAGUGUGCAGCAAGUGGAGAACUUGAAGUGCUUAGUGGCAAUCAUGCCCGUUUGGGUAACAGGAGUCGGCUGCUUCGUUGUUAUGGAUCAGCAGAGCACAUUCGGCGUCCUGCAAGCACUGCAAAUGGACCGGUCCAUCGGUAAGCAUUUCAUGAUCCCCCCUGGCUGGAUGGGAAUUUCUUCGAUGAUAGCACUGUCGAUCUGGAUCUUCCUCUACGAGCAAAUAUACAUCCGCAUGGCCAAGAAACUACUGAAGAGUGACUCAAGGCUAACGAUGCAUCAAAGAAUCAUCAUCGGCAUCAUCAUGUCUAUCCUCUGCAUGAUCGUUGCAGGAAUCGUUGAGCAAAAACGUCGAGCAAUGGCCAUAAGGGAAAAGUCGUUUACAUCGCCGCUUCACGUACUAGUACUCCUGCCUCAGUUUGCACUUUCCGGCCUAACCGAGGCUUUUGCUGCCGUUGCAUUGAUGGAAUUCUUCACUAUACAGCUGCCUGAGAGCAUGAGAAGCAUUGCGGGCGCAGUUUUUUUCCUUAGCCUGUCAAUUGCAAGCUAUUUGAGCACUCUAAUUGUGAACACCAUGCAUUCAAUCACAGGGGAAGGAGGAAAAACACCAUGGCUUGGGGGGCAUGACCUCAACAAUAAUAAGCUUGAUAACUUCUAUUUCAUCGUCGCGGCUAUUGGAUUCGUCAACUUGAUAUACUUCAUGUUGGUUGCAAGGAAAUAUGUGCCGUUCACCAAAGAUGUUAAACUUGGAGGGCUACGGCAGAUGGAGACUUCGGAGGAGUCGUCGAGCUAAAGAAAAGGAUGGAGGAAAGUAACUUAGACAAGAGGGGAACUUGUUUAGGCCUGGCCGCGCGUCUUACUUUCUCUUGAAUAGGUUUGUUUGUGUAGAAGUAGUUUGGUUAAGUGCAGUGCUUGUUGAAGCUCUUCUUGUGUGUAAAACCAUUUCAUAAUAUGGAUAUUCUUUUCAUGUUGUCUUUUUUUCA